UUUCUGAAUAUGUGAUCGAAUCGUCUAAUAGUUAAAUCGCAAUUGGCAUUGUUAUGCUAAACGAGGCUCUUGGGAUUGUAGUUCCCGCAGUUGAGCCGUAAUGCUGACAGUAAUGUGCCCGAACUGCAGGCAUCGCUUUCCUGCCCCGGACUGCUGCAAUACUAGCGAUGUUCCGGACACUGAGACUGCCAAUAUCGAUCUCCAGCCCCACUCAGUAAACACGUCUGGUGGGUUUCUACUUCUUGACGCCACGAACUGCGCCAAUGAUCAACAUCGACAACAAGUGACAAUCAGCACUCAGUGUGGCAUACAGUCAGGCGGUUGCUUGAUACAAAGCAACAAUGCCGAGGUGGUGGUCCUCGCAAGCACGUCAUCGCCGCGUCUGGAGGUGAGGUCGAAGCUCUCGGGCGGCGGCUGUCUUGUUCAGAAACGACCAGAACCGUGUGCCGAAGAGUUAAGUCCACUGCUCAUUGGCGAGGAGCUGCUUAGGAGUAGCUUCGAGCGCGCCACCGAGUUCCAUCGGAGCCACUCGACUGCCGCAAGAUUGGAGGCACCCCCGAGUGGGUGUCAAGAACUUCCGGGAACGAGACGUAAUGGAUCUACGGGAAGCUUUUGCGAUUGCCGUUGUUGUUGUUAUUGUCGAUGCUGCUAUCCCUACCAUAGGGGCGGUGUCGAUAUUGGUUGUAGGCGAAACUUGUGCCAAGUUACCUCUAACAAUGGCACAAGGACCUCCGAUGAUGCCUGUCACAGGAAUGUCACCGAUAGCAACUCCAAAUACCCCGGUGAUGUGCGUAUCCAGUUGAAUGCUACAGUACGCUUACCUUCGGUGAGUACCACUACUGCCACUCUCGGCAGUUGCACUCUUAAUAUAACGGCUUCAGCGACGUCAGCCGGUGGCUCAGAGUCGAGCAAAGGUCUUCUCGGACCUCGUAACAGUCUCAACGGGGGUGGCAUUGUGAGCGGGCAUCAUUACGGGGCCGGGAUUAGUGAUACCGUCAACAGAGAUGAAUCGCCCUGGAUACCUAUGUCCUUGAUGUCGGCUUGCCCCUGGGAGUGCGACACCACCUAUUUGCCGGAGAAGGAUGUGGCGCGGCUUGCGGAGGUACGCAGACUCCUGCAAACCUGCGGCUGGUACCACGAGGGAUUGAGUUGGCAGCAAAGCGAAAACCUUCUUAAAGAUGCGCCUGUUGGCAGGUGGCUUAUGAGGGAUAGUUCCGACAGCAGGUAUACAUUUGCAAUAUCUGUUCAGACUGCACGAGGUCCAACAUCAGUACGCGUGUUUUACUUCAUGGGGAAGUUCCGCCUGGAUGCGGAGCCCCGAUUAGCUCUAACAAUGCCCCUCUUCGACUGUCCAAUAAAAAUGCUAGAAUACUACUGUGAGUACUCAAAGCAUGUGGACGAUCACCGUCAAGAGGUUUGGCUCGACUAUAGUGGCCAGAUCUAUUCACAAAUCUACUUGUCAGAACCUCUCGUAAAGGAGGUUCGCUCACUCUCUCAACUUGCACGCAUUGCCGUCAAUCAAGGGAGUGCGCGCCUCGAGAAAGACAUGGAGAGGCUUCCACCUGUCAUCAGAAACUAUCUUAAGGAAUAUCCGUACACCUUGUGAGAGUGAUAGGCGUUUAUUUAUGUAUUGGUACAAUAUUUGUUUUUCGUUUUGAAAAGUCCCCUGUAUGUUUAGAUAAAGAUAGACUCUUACUAUUACUGACAUUCAUAUCAACGUUAUUUCUUACAUUCUUGUUUUCGGUCAUCUUGUUAUCUAACCUUUAACAGCGAAUACACAAAGGCUAAUUCAUUUUUUAGCGUUACUCUACAAUUUGAGGAUGUCAUAAAAUAGCAAAAUAAUCAUAAAGCGCGAUUGUCAUCUAUUUUCUAUUUUUAUGUGUUUAUACUAAUAAAUACUUCUAAAAAUUGUCAAAAACGUACAAGUAUAGGGAGACGUCGCCUUCUUACUAAAUGUAAUUUAUAAGAUAAUAGAAUAUUACAUCGGAAGAAUUAAGUGAAAAUUCUUAACUUAUUUCUUUUAUAUGAAUUAAUACAUCGAAGUAUCGUUCCAAUAGUUUGUAUUAAAACAUUCGAUUUUACUUUGUAAAUUUUUCGUGUGGUUUUUCUUAAGAACCGUGUUAUAUUUUAUUUAUUUGUAUGAGCUAGCGACAUGGAAAGAGGGUGUAAGAAUUUUAGAAUCUAAUGUAUCGAAAGACUGAAAGCUUAAAAUUUAAGUUGUUUGUACAGAAAAAAGAUUAGUUAUUACAUGUAAUGAUUAGAUUAGAAUUGCAGAAUGCUCUAAGCACAAGUAUAUUUUAAUAUUUUAAAAAAUAAUAUCUUACAUUUGAUACUUUCGAUAUUUUAUUUUUCCCAAAUUCAUAACCCUCUUGCCUAAUAUCUUAAUGAAAAUUAUCAUACUUAGUCUAGUCAAAUGAUAAACGAUGUAAUAAAAUGUAAUAA